AUGAGCAGACGCGCAGCCGCAGCGGAGAUGACGCCUCCUCCACCUACGAUGGAGGAGCAGUUGGCGAGCUUUAGGGUCUCGGAGAAUUACGAGGUGGAUAAUAUCGUCGGCGAGGGGGCUUAUGGACUGGUCUGCGCAGCCACGCAUAUCGCCUCGGGAACCAAAGUCGCCAUCAAGCGGAUCAUGCCGUUUGAUCAUGCCAUGUUCUGCCAGCGGACAUUGAGGGAAAUCAAGCUGUUGAGGCAUUUCAGACACGAGAACAUCAUCUCUAUCCUGGACAUCAUCCUCCCCAAGAGCUAUACCGACUUUGUCGAGGUAUACUUGGUGCAAGAGCUGAUGGAGACGGAUCUCCGCCUCACAGACGACCACUGCCAAUACUUUAUCUACCAAACCUUCCGCGGCCUUAAGGCCCUCCACACAGCCAACGUCCUCCACCGGGACCUCAAACCCUCCAACCUCCUCCUGAACGCCAACUGCGAUCUCAAGAUCUGCGAUUUCGGGCUGGCGCGCUCGGCCGCUGCGCCGCCGCCGGACGUGGGGCCGCAGGGCGGACAGGGGUUCAUGACGGAGUAUGUGGCGACGAGGUGGUAUCGUGCGCCCGAGGUCAUGCUUUCAUUCCAGGAGUAUACCAAGGCGAUUGAUAUUUGGUCUGUUGGGUGCAUUUUGGCCGAAAUGAUCAAUGGCAAACCCCUCUUCCCCGGUCGGGACUAUGCAGACCAGCUCAAGCUCAUCCUCGACGUCGUGGGAACGCCCAACAUGGACGACUUUAACGAGAUCACCUCGGACAAGUCCAAGGAGUACCUCCGAUCCCUACCGAUGACGCGGAAGCGGGACCUCUCGCGCGUCUGCCCCAAGGCUAGCCCGGCAGCGAUCGAUCUCCUUCGUCGGACCUUGACCUUCUCUCCCCGUAAACGCCUCACGGUCGAGCAAGCCCUCUCCCACCCCUACCUCGAGCCCUACCAUGACCCCUCGGACGAGCCGUCGGCUGUCGCGCUCGAGGCGGAAUUCUUCCAUUUCCCGAUGACCAAGGAGAAUGAGGAGCGGAAUAAGGAGUGGUUGAAGCGCUUGUUGUGGUAUGAGAUUCAAAAGCCGGUGGCGGAGUAUGAGGAGGCGCAGUGA